AUGGCGGGUGAGAACAGUGCCAGUCCCAACAUCGAUGACUUGACUCCUGAGGAAGCCAGCCGAAUCAUCCACUCGCAUCGAAAGGUGCGCUACGGAACUGCAUGCUGGCCCUGUCGACAACGCAAGGUAAAAUGUGACAACAAGCAGCCUUGCGAGAACUGCGUCAAGCGGGACCAUGCCCAGCUCUGCUCCUACAAGCCCAACCGGUCAGGCACUCGUGGAUCUAUAACAUCAGAGAAUGCCAGUACGGGCAGGAAGCGGCCACGCUCGCCAGAGGAGGAGGACACUCAGCGGACACCUCUUGACAUCAAAAGCGAGAGUAGCACUGGGGUAGCUGCUUACGACGACGAGGGUGGCGACACCUCCGAAGGGUCAAGAUACCUAGGACAGAACAGCAUACCUGCCAUCCUCAAGGAACAGCUGCCGCCGACCGAACAGCAGGAUGAAUCGACACAUAUUAGGCAGGACAUGCGGUCCAUCUUGGGGCUGGAUACAUCGGCCCCUUUUCCGCUCAUGUCACCCAGGCAUAUGGAGAAGCUUACACUAGACAUCACCACGGAAUUGCCCUCGGAUAGAGAGGUGAUGAGACCAAACUUUGACUCGAUUCAGGCAUUGUUGAUGACGAGCUUUGCGCUACUCAACGAUAUGAAGGCUGAGGCCUCGUGGGCUCUGUUGGGUUUAACCUGUCGCCUGGCUCAGUCACUGGGUCUUGAUAGGACCUCGACCAACAAUGAAACCGAGAUGGCGUCCGAACUCUCCGAUAGGGAGCGUGUCAGGCGGACGUUGUGGUGGAAAUGCGUUUGGCAUGACUCGUUGAUUUCAUUAUCUUUCGACAGGUCACCCAUGACAAAUGCAGGAUCGGUGCGGAUACCAAUGCAAAAUCCCAGAGCUGGCGGCUGGGGCUACUUGGAGGCCAUGUGCCAUUUGUGCAAAAUCAUCUCCCAGCGCCUGAACCCCGAGGCACUCGCAGCAGCCUCCUACGACAUCAUCCUCGAGAACUGCGAAGCUACUGAAAGGUUACGAGAGCAGGUUGUUCCUUCCAUUCGCUCCAAGGAAGCUUGUAGCUCUGCGCUCGAUCGACUCCAAUACUUUGCCAUCCGCCUUCAUACAGCUUUCGUCGUCUCGGUCUGCUGCAGACCUGCGCUUCAUCGUGACGGCGACGAGGGCGAAUCGAAGCUGACGAGCUCGCAGAAACGAUCGCUGGCCGAGAAGUGCAAAGUUAACCUUGCCGAAACAGUACGCAUGUUCCUCGCUAUGCACCAACUAUCCGUCAUCCCGACGCGAUCCUGGGCUUUUACCUACCAUGGCUUGUCGUCCGCCGUCCUGUUGGGCAUCCUCGGCGAGACCAAGGCCGACCCUGAAGUCCGCCAACUCCAAGGUGAUCUCAUCGCAGCACUGUCUGCCACUGCAAGCAAGGAGAAGAGCCCAACUGGCCCGUACAUACCACCCUCGGACAAGGACAUUGAGCUCUCCGGUCCGCUGUCGCGAGCACUCACAGCACUCCGAAACAUAUACGACCAUGGAACGAUAAUUGGCGCGGGUCUCAGGAGGGAACUCAAUAGUGGGUACGCCUCGGGUGCACGCACACCGCACCGGCCCAACGGACUCACGGCAGCACCUACGGCGCCGGGCGCGGCCCCUGCCGGCAAUGGGACUAUCAAUGACCCGCAGGUGAUUCUCGAGGGCGUGAGCACAAGCCUCAAUCCGCACCAAGGCGCCGCCGUUGCCGUGACAGAGAUGCAGAACGGAAACGCGGCAAUGCCGUCUACGGAAUAUCCGGCGUAUGUACAGUUUAACCCCAUGCAACAUCAGCGGCAAAAUCCUGACGGCAACAGCAACAGCAACAGCAACGGCAAUAGCAGCAGCAAUAUGACCUUUUUGCCGACAAUCCAGGACCCCUUGACUACGGAACCGCCGCUCGCCGAUCCUUCUACCUACAUGUCUCCCAUGGAUGUCUAUGAUCAGAUAUUCUGGGAAUCACCAGAGCCAUGGAACACGGGAGUGGACACGAUGAACUUCGACUUUUUGGCCCAGCCGCCCCCUGGCCAACAGCAACAGCAGCACUUUUACUUUUAA